AUGUCGUGGCCGAUGGAUGGCAGCUUGUCGUCGAAAUUGGCGGUAGUCGGCGUCCUGAAGGCUGGCAGGUCGAAAACCUGCAGUAUGGAGGGUCUGCGAAAGGAAUCGUCGACCUGGGGCCGAGGGAGAAUCGAAGUAGCCAGUGCGGAAGCCGUGAUGAAGAAUUAA